UACCCGGUUCAACCUGGGAAGACGUUGGACAACGGCUCGAAGAGCCAUCUAGAGCGGACAAGAAUGACUGAUGAUGGGCAAAAUAAGGUCAAGAGACGUCAAUGGAACCCGGAAGAUAUGGAGGCGGCCAUGAGAGCUGUGCAGCAAGAGAAAAAGACGGUGAGUGCUGCAGCAAAACAGCACUCCGUCCCACGAAAGACCCUUGACGACAGGAUUAGGGGCCGUGUAAUCCACGGCAGCAAUCCAGGUCCCUCUACUGUCCUGACGGCCAGAGAAGAGGAUGCUUUGGCCUCCUAUCUCCUCUACAUGGCUGAGCGUGGCUUCCCUCUCACGUCAAACAUG